GGAGGUUCAUUAUUGUUAAUUCUUGCAGGACAAUGAUUGGACGUUUGCUUGUGGUCGCACUGGCCGCUUGCCUGUGCCUACAAGCAACAGCUUACACGGAAACAACAUUCACCGCUGACAAUACAUUUCUUCAAAGACAAAAGAAUCUCUUUGAACUCUUCUGGCAUGUAGACCAACCGACACUCUAUCAUCCGGAACUUCAUCAAAUCUCCAAGUCAUGGAGUAUCACCGAUCAUGUCGACGACUAUACAAACAAGGAAGUUGUUCACGACUUUUUAAAUUUGUGGAAAUUGGGUAUGACACCCAGAGGUGAAUUAUUUUCCCCCUGGUAUCCAGAUAUUCAAAAAGAGAUUUCCGCUCUCUUUGAUUUGUUCUACUUUGCAAAGGACUAUGAAACCUUCUACAGCACUGCAGUAUGGGCAAGAUUCAACGUUAACGAACAUAUGUAUAACUACAUUUUGGCUCUGUCAAUUAUUCACCGUCAUGACACAAAACACAUUCGUUUACCAAAUCUUUAUGAAAUUAUACCACACUAUUUCUUCAACGAAGAUGUCAUUGAACGUGCACAACGUAUCAAGAUGGGAGAUGUCGGAGCAGCUAAGAAACCAGUAACCGGAAAUGAACCCUACAUACUACAAGCAAAUUACUCCGGUUGGUACCUUGCACACGAUCAUGACACGGAAUGGAAAUUGAACUACUUUACAGAAGAUAUCGGCAUGAACGCCUACUAUUUCUAUCAAAACGCAAUUUUCCCUUACUGGUUAAGCAGUGAAAAAUACAACUUGCUGAAAGACGUUCGAGGACUUAUGUAUUACUUCAACCAUAAACAUCUGAUGGCUCGUUACUACAUGGAACGUCUUUCUAAUGACCUAGGUGAAUUAGAAUGGCUCGACUGGGACAAACCCAUUGUUACCGGUUACUAUCCAACUUUGGUUCAUCCAUCAGGUCUUCCUUUCCCACAAAGACCUACUUGGUCCUAUGUUCCAGUGCACAAAUACGAACAAGUCGAGAGAAUCCAUCAUCUUGAAUCCAGAAUAAUGAGGUCAAUUGAUAAUGGAAGAGUAGAAAAGCAUCAUAACAAACCUCACGAACUUUAUGAAAAUAUCUCCAAAGACAUAAACCAUUUAGGAAACAUUAUUCAAGGAAACGGAGAUUCACUUUGCCGUAGAUACUACGAUUCAGUCGAUAAAUAUGCAAGAAAUAUUCUUGGAUUUGGCCACGAGAGAUCAACUAAAUACCAACCAAUUGUUGGCUCCUUGGAUAUGACCGUCACUAGUAUGAGGGAUCCAGGAUUUUACCGAAUAUAUAAGAAGAUUCUAAAUUUCUUCAUGAGGUACAAGAGUAAUUUACCAAUGUACACACAUGAAGAACUAUUGUUCCCUGGAGUAAAAAUUGAAUCCGUCGCUGUCGAUAAACUAGUCACCUAUUUCGAUAAUUUCGAAACAAUGAUUAAUAAUGCUGUUGCCGUCAAGAGCCACAAAGAAGCACAAUCAAUUCUCAUCAAAGCUCGUCAAUAUCGUCUAAAUCACAAACCUUUCACUUAUCACUUAACUGUGAACAGCGAGAAAGCAACUAAGGCUUGGAUACACAUCUACCUUGGACCUAAAUACGAUGUUCACGGGCAUGAGAUUGAGAUGAUCGAUAACUGGAUGAACUUCUUCGAGAUGGACUACUGGGUAGCAGACUUGAAACCCGGAAUGAACAAAAUUGAGCGCGGCAGUCACGAAUCAUUAUUCGUCGUUCCUGAUACAUUACCAAGCGCUGACUUCUACAAAAUGAUCACUAAGGCCCUUGAAGGAGGAGAGGCAUACAAAUAUUCUGCCCAGAUGUAUGGAAUUCCAGAUCGUAUGAUGUUGCCAAAGGGUAAAACCGAAGGAAUGCCAUUUAGGCUCUUCGUAUAUGUCAGUCCUUAUGUAGAAGGUGAAACCAUGACUGUGGAAUUCCCUGUAUUUGGAACGAAGAACUUUGAGAAGAAACCAAUUGGAUUCCCAUUGGAUAGGCCAAUGUAUCACUACGAUAAGACUGUACCCAACAUGUAUUGGAAGGACGUUACUAUUUUCCACAAGCACGGCGAAGAACUUAACGUAACAGCUUAAAUUAGAUUAUUUUAGUUAGUAUUGUCUCAACACUGUACAAAUUUUCAUGCGAUUAUGUAAGAACUUUUUUUUAAAUAAAUAGAAAUUUAUUUUGUCAA